AUAAUGAUACCAUGGCUCUUAGUGUUUAUUCUUCCUUAUUGUACAACACUAGUGAUCUCUAGUAUGUUACUUACUAUUUGUGGACUUUCUUGCAGUUUACUACUGUUGGGACAAAUGGGGUUUUUGAAUACCAUUUAUGGGUCCUUGCAAUUGUUUUUAGUGCUUCAGUUUACUUGUUUAGUGCUUUUCUUAAAAGGACUAAAGAAAAUGGUAGAUUUGUUAACAAACCGGCAGUUUGACUCGUAUCCUUAUUUUUCAUCCAACUCCAUCACCUCCAGCCAUAAAAAUGAAACUAUUUCAUCCCUGAGAUGCUACGAAAAAGAUAAAGGAGCAGAAUUAAAGGCUCGAGAAAAGCAGUUAUAUUUUGGUAAAAAAUCAGUCCCCGAAGUCAGUGCCAGAGUGAGUCGGCCGCUUAUGGGUUUAUGUUGUCAAAACUGCACCUUUACCAGCAAGCAAUCACUGGUAAAGGAAGUCACCAAAAAUCUCACCAUUAAAAACAUACUUGACCAUAAUGUUCCAAUAUCGAAAGAUGGAUUGUUAUCCCGCACUUUCUCCCAUUUGCACCAACUAUCCGAACUUAAAAGAUAUAUUUACCCCCAUGUGGCUCAACUGGUGCUCAAAGACGAACGGGUGAAGACGGCUAUUGAAAAAGCUGCAUUGCAACAGUUGAAAGAUUCUGAUAGCAAUGAUGAUGCAAUGUAUCAGGAGCUCAUUAAAAAAAAUGAAAGAAGGGCUAGCAACCUAAUAUUCGAUAUGAGGUCGACGUUGUCAGAUUUUCUUUUGAGAUUUACCUCAUGGAUUUUGUACAAACUAUUACCAUGCUUCCUUAGUUCAGUGGUUGUACAUGAAGGCCAAAUACAUAUGCUGAAAGAAGCCUCCAAAACCAAUAUUCCACUGAUAUUCCUUCCGUUACAUAGGUCACAUUUAGAUUAUAUUCUUUUGUCAUUUAUUUUAUUAAAUAACAAUAUUCGAUCACCAUUAGUGGCAGCCGGGGAUAACUUAAGAAUACCUUUCUUUGGAUCAUUAUUAAGAGGUUUAGGAGCAUUUUUUAUAAAACGUCGAAUAGAUCCAGUAAUGGGUCGCAAAGACUACGUUUACAAAGCAGUAUUACACACCUACAUGAACCUCUGCUUAAGAGCGGGACACAACAUUGAAUUUUUUUUAGAAGGAGGGCGUACAAGGACUGGUAAACCUUUGAUGCCUAAAUACGGUGUUCUCAGUGUUAUCGUUGAUACCUUCAUGGACGGAACCAUUGAAGAUGCUCUUUUGGUACCUGUGAGUGUCAACUAUGAAAAGCUAGUUGAUGGUAACUUUAUAAAGGAACAGCUGGGAGAACCAAAGAAACUUGAAACUUUUGGAGACGCUUUGAAAGGCAUUUGGCAUGUUUUAAACAGCAACUACGGCAUGAUGAGAGUUGAUUUUAAUCAGCCAUUUUCAUUAAGGGAAUUAAUUAAAACCUUUGAUGUAAGCAAGAAUGCGACUAACCCACGUAAUAGAGUUUUAAGGUCAAAUCCAUCCACCAAUAGUUUGUAUGGAACUGACGUGGUUUCCGAAGAACAUAAGACUUUAGUAGAAAAUAUAUCAAAGCAUGUUAUAUAUGAUUGCGCACAAUCCACUGCCGUGAUGUCAACAAACGCUUUAGCUUUCAUAUUGCUUACUAAAUAUAGAGAUGGUGCAAGUCUGGAACAACUAGUGAGGGAAUUAGAAGAUCUAAAAAAUAAUCUGAAUUACGCUGGAAAGGAUAUUGGAUUCGAUGGCGAUUCGGUGGAUGUUAUCAACUAUGGGGUCGAACUACUUGGUCCUGGUUUAAUAAGAAAGGAAAAAAAUGUGAUCAUACCUGUAGUCACGUUGCCAAACGUCAUAGACCUAUCCUAUUACAGCAACAGCCUCGUUACACAUUAUGCCUUAGAAUCCGUGGUAGCUUUAGCCUUGAGUAUCUCAAUAUCCAAUGUGAAUACGGUGUCCUAUGAUGAUCUGAUGGAAAAGGCUUUGGAGCUCUGUUCGCUGUUCCAGUACGAAUUUCUAUUUUGUAAACCUUGCCAGAACUUGGAAAAUACAAUAAGCAGUUGUAUUAACGAUUUGAACCUAAGGAAAGGAAUAUUUUUACCUGAUGAAUCGACUAAGGAACUAGUCAACAAAAGUAAUGCAAUUGAUGACGAUGACGAUGACGAUGAUAAAGAAGAAGUCUUUCAAACACUAUACAAACUCAAUACGUCCAAAGAGGCUAAACAAACCAUCAAAUAUUUGGCGAAUAUCCUUAUGCCAUUAAUAGAAGCAUAUGCAGUUACAGGAUUCACAUUGGACAAACUUGUACGAAGGCAGCUUUUAGAAACCGAGCUUGUGGACGAAAUUCUGAAGGAAAUGAAGAGCCUGUUAAAACGGGGCAGUAUACAGUAUGAUGAAAGCAUUGCUGUGGAUCCAAUCAAGAAUGCACUCAAGCUCUACCAGAAAUGGGGAAUUUUGGAGUUCCACCAGGAAAACAAGUUGCGCCUGUACUACUUGAAAGAAUCUUAUGAUGACUCCGAUUCUGUCAGGAUAUUUUACGAAAGGGUGAAUAAAUACAGGGAAGAAAAUUGGCCGAAGCAAUAAUUGUGUAUGUUAUACUAGGCUGAUAUUUUACUACUUAUCUUAAGUGCAUUGUUUUAUGAUUGUUUAGUUAUUGUUCUGUCACAGAUAAAGUGAAGUGAUAUAUCAUUAUUUUGUACAUUUUGACAAUUAUUAGAAAAAUUAAAUAAGAUAGGUACUUG